CUAGAGAUUGUGUUUUUUAUUUUUUAAGCAAGUUAGUGGUUUUAAAUAUUUAGUGAAUUAAAAAUUUAGCUAUAGUUCAUGUGUGCUGAGUGUAUAAUUUUUUCAAUGGCCCCUGUCUUAUAUAUGUAUUUCUCGGAUAUUCAUAUUUUUUAAUUCAGAUAACCAACCCUCGAAUUGAGGAAAAAUAAGGUUGGCAAUAAAUUACCAUCCUCAAACUGUUAGGGGUCAGCAUCAGGUCCACAAAAAUAAUUGAAACAAAGUAAUUUUAUACUGACCACAAACACUUUUAAGUUGGCAUUGCCGAAUGCUGACCUAAUUUCGAGUGCUAAAUAACAAUGUUUUGUUAUAGAUAAUGCAUACCUACGCAAAGGGAAAAGGGUUGUUAUAAGAAAGGUAGGGUCCUAAUUUAGUUGUUUUAAAGCGUACACACUUUAGCCAUGCCUUUUUUUAUAUUUAGCAAGUUAAGACUUUAGUUAGAAAAAUGAAUAAAAGUAGCUUUGGAAACGUUUUCACUAAAAAUGUAAAAUAUUCUCCUAAUGGAGACAGAAGGUUAAAUACACUUCAUUUGAAAAAAAAAAUUAAACAUGGUGUUCCUAAAAAGACAAGAUGUAUUGUUGAUAGGAAAACAUCAAAGCAGCAUGAUUUUAGAAAAAAACCUAGAAAAAAAGUUCGUAGAGAUAUUAACAGUAGUGAUUUGGCUAAUAAUGUUUCUGGUCAAUUAUGUGUUCCAGAAAAGACAAUAAAGAUGACUCGAGACAUAUUUUUUGAUCCAGUGAGAAUGUUAAAAUUGAGUUUUGUUGAUGUAAAUUGUACAAAACAUGGAGCUUUUUUAAACAUUGGAGACAAUUAUUUAUUCAUGAUUGAUGAAGAUAAAAUUGAGAAAAAAGCACAUACAUUUUUGAUAAAUUUAUUGGUAAGAAAUGCAUAUCAAACUGUUGUGUUACAAUCGGUUUUACAGAAAGAAAUGGAUGUAGCAAAGCUAGAUAAACUUGCAAAUCAAUUAUGCGCUCCAGAAAAAAUAAAAAAGAUCAUGUAUACUGAAGACAUGCUUUGUAAUCAAGUGAUUUUAUUACAAUUGAUUCAAUUUGUUGGGCAAGAUUGGAAGUUUUUUGGACAUGUAUUAAAUAUUGAAACGAGUGAUUUAUACAUAAUUGGUGAAGACAGUAUCGUUAAAAUAUCAUACUUCAUGUUUGCAAAAUUGAUGGAAAUACAUGCUUCAACUGUUGAAAAGUUAAUAACAGAUUUAGGGAAAAUGAAUAAAAAGGUUGCAAUAUCCCCAUCAACGGUGAAACCCACAAAUCUUUUUACAGAUAGUGAACAAAUUAUUUUGAACACUUUAGCGUCAUUAAUUGCUGAAAACUACUCUUUAAAAUCACAGAUAAAUAUUAAUAAAAUUUUAGAAUUUGCGUUGAAGGAAUCUCCAACAGACUGUGAUCUAAAUAUUUCAAUAAAGGAUGCUACUUCAAAAGUAAUGAAAUUAAUAAAUUAUGAUCUCCAUGAUUUGAAAAAUGUAGCUGCAUCUAUCGACGAAUUAGAAAAUGUAAUUAACAAACAACUAAAAAAAAUAAAAAAAACUGUAAAAACGCAGGAUAUUAAAAACAAAAUGACAAUAGAAGACGAAAUUGAAGAAUGUAAAUUAGUUUUGAUGUUUUUCCCAAAUGAUAAAAAUAAACUAACUAUUUUAUAUAAAAAAUUAGCUAAUCUGACAGGAACAGACGAUAAAGGUAUUGAACUAUGGCUUGCUGAAGCAGAAGCCAAUUUAGAUAAAAUACAGAAAAUAAUUAUUGAUCAUGCCGAUCUUAAUAACGUACCACUAAUGAGGAAAGACCACCUUGAAGAUAUAAAGAGAAUGUUAAGUAUAGAAAUUUUCAAGAAUCAGUAUGACUAUUUUAAAGGUAAAAAUAUUGAUGAGCAAGUCAAGUUUAUAAAUACUUUAGCCUUACAAAAUUCUGCAUCAGGUAGAUCUAGAAUUUCUCAAAUUUAUGUAGCAUCAAUGUUGCUGACAUUUGCUGUUUUUGAAAAAAAUAUAGAAAUGGUGAAAGUACUACUUAGACUUAAAGCUGAUCCAAGGAUUCGCGAUUUAAAAUACGGUCCAUCUUCGAUCAGCUAUGCUUUAUUAAAGGAAGAUUUCAUCGAAGAGUUUUUAAAAGAAGUUAUUAAAGAUAAAUAUAAAUUAGUAGAGCGCAAAGUUAAAUGUUAUGGUGCUGUGUCCAAUAGUAUAAGAUUUGUUGAGGAAUAUAAAAAUGAACAUAAGAUAAUGGACAUGCUACGCCAACUUUACCUUUUCGAUUAUGAUAAUAAUGAUGAUGGUGAUGAUGAUGAUGAUGAUGAUGAUGAUGAUGAUGAUGAUGAUGAUGAUGAUGAUGAUGAUGAUGAUGAUGAUGAUGAUGAUGAUGACAAUUAAAACGACGGCGACGGUUGCAAUGAUGAGACUUAAUGUUAAUGAAAUCAUACACAUAUAUCAUAUGUGUCUCUAUAUAUGUAUGCAUGUUUGUAUAUAUAUAUAUAUAUAUAUAUAUAUAUAUAUAUAUAUAUAUAUAUAUAUAUAUAUAUAUAUAUAUAUAUAUAUAUACACAUAUAUAUAUAUAUAUAGAAACAACCAACAGAUCACCUUAAAGAUAUAAGGAGAAUGUUAAGUAUAGAAAUUUUUAAGAAUAAGUAUGAGGAUGUUAAAGGUAUAGAUAAUGACGAACUGGUCAAGUUUAUAAAUACUUUAGCCUCACAAGAUUCUGCAUCAGUUAGAUCUAGAGUUUCUAAAAUUUAUUUAGCUAUGUUGUCGACAUUUGCUGUUUUGGAAAAAAAUAUGGGAGUUGUGAAAGUACUUCUAAAAUUUAAAACUAAUCCAAGGAUCCACAAUUUAAUAUAUGGUCCAAAUUCAAUCAGCUAUGCUUUAUGAAAAAAAGAUUUCAUCGAAGAGUUUUAAAAAAAGUUAUUAAAGAUAAAUAUAAAUUAGUAGAGCGCAAAGUUAAAUAUUACAAUGCUAUAUCCAAUAGCAUAAGUUUUGUUGAGGAAUGUGAAAAUAAACAUAUGAUAAUGAAAAUGCAACGCCAGCUUUACCGUUUUGAUUAUGAGGAUGCUGAGGAUGAUGACAAUCAUAGUGAUAUGUAUUUAAGAUUAUUGAUAUCACUGACGGAUCCUGGAAGGAAUGGUGUGUGUAUUCCCGCACCAAAACUGAAAAUCCUAAAAUAUCUCUUUUAUUUUUUUUAAGAGACGCAAAUGUGAUACAAAGUACAAAAAUAUUGCAAUAUCCUAUUCUUCCCACGCCAUUAAUUCCUGAGUCCGUCACUGACAGAUAUAAAUAUGUAUAUAUUAACGACAUUAUAUAUAGAUAUGUUCAUAUUACUAUUUUUUUAACGUUACAUUUACAUAUACUUUUUUAUUUUAUUUAUUAAGAUAUGGAUGUACAUAUAGUAUAAAUCAUCUUGAAAAAAAUUAAUUAAUCUAAUGUAUAUUGUAACUUCGUUUAAUUUAAAAUUGUUCUUAAACUAAUUUUAUUACACAGUGUAUUACUUACGAACAGGGGUGUGGGAUCGUAAAAAAAAAGUAACAACUCCGA